CCAAAUGUCGCCAUCGAUCUAUGACAUUUUGUGAAGUUGAAUUUAUUGAUAUAAAGCGUUAAUGUAAAUAAUAAACAAUUCCAACAUAAAAGUCGGCUUCCAGUCGAUAUGUAUGCCAAGGGCAAAGGCUCUACGGUACCUUCGGACGCUCAGGCCCGCGAGAAGUUAGCCCUCUAUGUGUACGAAUACUUACUGCACGUUGGGGCUCAGAAAGCGGCACAGACUUUCCUUUCUGAGAUACGAUGGGAGAAGAACAUAACACUGGGCGAGCCCCCGGGGUUCCUUCACUCGUGGUGGUGUGUUUUCUGGGAUCUAUACUGCGCAGCGCCCGAGCGAAGGGAUACUUGUGAACACUCGUCCGAAGCCAAGGCUUUUCACGAUUAUGGUUUCGUCAAUUCUGGCUAUGGUGUCAAUGGAAUUGGUCACAACGCCGGCCCGGCGCCUCCAAACGACGGUAUGGGUGGUGGAGGCAUGCCACCAGGGUUCUUCCCCAACUCCUCACUCCGGCCGUCCCCGCCAGCCCCACACCCUGGAUCACAGCCGUCACCACACGGGCCUCAACCACAGCUGAUGGGGACGGGACAGCCGUUCAUAGGACCCUGGUACUCUGGAGGACCAAGGUCAGCUGUGCGGAUGGGCAUGGGCAAUGACUUUAAUGGGCCUCCAGGUCAGGGUAUGAUGGGCAACUCGCUGGAGCGCGGCGCGGGCGGCGGGAUGCUGGGCGGGCCGCGCAUGACGCCGCCGCGCCCCGGCAUGGGCCCCAUGAGCCCCGGCGCCUACGCGGCCGGCAUGCGCGGCCCUCCGCCCCAGGCACCAGGUAUGCCACCAAUGGGAAUGGGCCCCAGAGGAGCGUGGGCCGGCGGCAGCGGCGGCGCGGGAGGGGGUUCCGCGCCCCUCAACUACAGCGGGGGCUCCCCGGGCGCGUACGGAGCCCCGCCAGGUUCAAACGGCCCGCCAGGACCGCCCACGCCAAUCAUGCCAAGCCCACAGGACUCGUCGAAUUCUGGCGGUGACAACAUGUACACGCUGAUGAAACCGGUCGGCGCCGGAGCCCUAGGGGCAGAGUUCCCGCUCGCGGGCGAGCACGGGCCGUCAUCGCAGCACCUCAGCCAACCGUCUGCAGCCGAAGGCCUAGGCGGCGUGGACGGGAUGAAGUCGUCGCCGGGCGGCGUGGGCGGCGGCGGGCCCGGCACGCCCAGGGAGGACUCCGGCUCCGGCAUGGGGGACUACAACUUGAGUUUCGGUGGACCCGGCGGCGACCAAAAUGAUCAAACUGAAUCAGCGGCCAUCUUGAAAAUCAAAGAGAGCAUGCAGGAGGAGGCGAAACGAUUCGAGAAAGAUCCAGACCACCCGGACUAUUUUAUGCAGUGAGAGAGAAUCACCAAGCUGCGCCAACUUGCCAAAUGGAACUACGCAAACAUAUUCUCUUGGUAGUGAGUUAUUAGUAUGUGAGUGGCCAAGUUACUACUUGGUCAAACUAUGUUUGCAUCUCCGUCACACUGACUCUUAGGUACGGUAUGUGAACCGUACUGACGCGUCAUGACGCCCGCGGGGAGGUGAGCGGGAAAGUGGGAGAGGUGAGCGGGGAAGUGGGAGAGGUGCAAACUUAACUUGACCUAUAAAUCUGAAAUAUUAUACCAAGUUGUUAUAAUAAAUGAAAUAUAGUUGUACGCAAAUCUGGUGUAAUAUGCAGGGAAUGCAAUUGAGGAUGAGUUGCCGAGUUACUGAAUCUAUAAGAUAAAUUCAUAACAAAGUUUAUGUAAACAGAAUUGGUAUUUCGCAAAUUUUGUCAAUGAUUAAUAUUACUUUGAAGUGAAAAUCAUUUGAUUAAAAUAACACCAUGCUUGACUUAAAUUAAUUGUCAAGCUGGGUUAAGAACUUGGCAACUCAUUAAACUUUGAUGCGAGCAUGACUUGGCCACUCAUAUGUUCAUAUUUUUCUGACUUUUACCUGAUGGUCUCUAUUUUUACUGAGCCUUCAAUUGAUCUCAUUCAAUCAAGAAAGGUUUCAAAUCAUUUUGGUGAGUUGGCGUUUGUUUUUUUUUUGCGUUCCAACGAUCUGAGAAAUGGAUUUUUUAAAAAUAAGCUCUUCCUCUGCUCUUUCAUUCGCAAAUUUUAUUAUUUAUUAGUAUAAUUUAUCGCACUGCUUUUUUUUAAAGAACGACUUUUUGAUGGUUCUUUUUGGAUAAGAGUAUAUUUCACAUGAUAUUUUUAAUGUUAGAAUUAUUUUUUUUCGUCUAACUUAUAAUUUUAAUAUUAUGUAAUUCGUCAUAAUGAUAAUUUGUAUAUCAAGAGGUUUAUAUUAUAGUUCGUUUAAUUAAUAGCCAAGAACUUGGCGAUGCUGUUUCACCCACAUUUAAAUUGCAAUAAGAGUAUUUUCAA